AGACCCUGAUGCUCUGGUUGAGCCCGUGGCUCCGGUGAUUGUGAUUGGUCCGAAGAAUAUGUCUGUCGUGGCAGGGAGGGAAGCUACACUUGAGUGUAUUGCUAACGCCAGGCCGGUGGAGAGGCUGGUGUUGUCGUGGAAACGUAAUGGGCGUCGGCUGGCCAGUGGAGUGGGCGUGUUCGGGCGUCGCCUGACCCUCUCUAGCCCCUCCCUCUCAGACGGGGGUGUGUACGUGUGUGAGGCGUCGCUUCUCAACUCCACCACCAGACCCACCGAGGCCCGGGCCCAUCUCACUGUACUGGAGCCUCCGUACUUCACUGCUGAACCCAGACUGAAGAGUGUUGCAGCGGUGGACAGGAACGUCGACUUACACUGUCAGGCCAAGGGAGUCCCCCGGCCCGUAUAGAGUGGUAUAAAGACGCUGUGCCCGUAUCCAAGUUGGCCAACCCUCGCUACAAGGUUACCGCGGCAACAGGUCUGACUGUGCGGAGAGUCCAACCAGGAGAUGCCGGAAUGUUCCAGUGUUUCGCUCGGAACGCUGCCGGAGAGACACAGACACACACACAGCUGGUGGUCACUAGUGUCACCUCCUCCUUCUCCCUCCUCCCCUCUGAUCUCACCGUUACCGUCGGCAACUCGGCUGUGUUCACCUGCGAGACCACUGGAGCCCCCAAACCUGCUGUCAGUUGGAGGAGAGGUUCCCAGCUCUUGGCCAGUGGGACAGUCCAGAUUCCCAGGUUCACCCUGCUGGAGUCAGGUGGUCUGCUGGUUGAGCCAAUCAGGAUGGAGGAUUCAGGCGACUACACCUGUACUGCCGCUGGCGCAGACACACACAUCAACGCUACGGCCACUCUCACUGUCUGGAUUCGUACAUUUAUCUCCGUCCCGCCGGUGGACCAGAGGGUCAUCAAGGGAACCACGGCAACCCUGGAUUGUAACGCUACACACGACCCCAGGGUCAACAUCAGUUUCCAGUGGCAGCGUGGAGCAGUACCUCUCCAGCCCAGCGGGGGCAGAGUGUCUAUAUUGUCUGGUUCUCUGACCAUCAGCCAGACUUGGUCAGGCGACAUAGGAGACUAUACCUGCACUGUGACAUCACAGGCCGGGAACCAAUCACGCUCCGCACGCCUCGAAGUCAUUGAGCUCCCCCACUCCCCCAGAUCUCUGUCUGUGUCUCUGAAUGAUUCAGACAGCCGUUCAGUUCUUCUCUCCUGGGUCAGACCCUUCGAUGGAAACUCUCCUCUUCUACACUACCUACUGGAGCUGUCUGAGAACA